CAUAUCGAAUUCGUCGACAGCCGUCGAUUGCUGCUUUUGCGGCAAAGAUGGCGGAAAUUUUUGGUUGCAAACAGAAAAAGGGCCGAAGUGGGAUUAAUGGAGGUACCACCUCUUCCGUAGACAAAAUCAAGCGGUAGGGGAUAACGUUAUAGCGUUCAUCUAAAAGGCUUGCACGAUUUCAAACGAGAACACAUUCACAUGGUGAUCGAAAGUGUUUUAACAGUGAAUUGUCAGAAGAAAGAAAAUUUCAUUGACAGAAAGUUUCGAAUAUCUUCGGAGGUUCUCUGCAACAAAAAUAAGUAUUAACAUGUGCACGAUAUGUCAAUUGUUUAUUUUUUCAUUGAUCUCGAUGCACGGAUUCUGUUUGCAUGAUGUCACCCCGUUGAUCGAUUGUCUAUCGGCAUGCUCGAAAACGACACUCAUACAUGAAUUCAUCGCCUCUUCCGUUGACGAUCGAUGUCUACAAGGUGCCCUCAAAACGUUUUAUUGAAUCGACGUGCUCGGACGUAAACUUCAUCCGAAGAAUUGACCUUAGUGUAACCAAUACUUCAAGAUAUGUCAGCCAUGACAAAAUUAAAAUGAAUCAUGCGAGGACGCUUGCAAUAAAUAUAUGUACAGAACAGAUCGUCAAGGAAUGUACCGAUGCGAACGUGACUCUUCAUUGUACCGGUGGUAAUCUGAUGACUAUCAAAUUCAAUCCUGGUUUAUACUUUAUCGAGCAAGUCCCGUACAAUUACACUUGGAAUUCCACAAAAUUGUUAUUAACCAGGGAUCUUCAAGAAUUAAGGCGUAUCGCAAAAAGCGCGAUAACUCCUGGACAAAGAUGCGUGCACCUUCCGCGUGUAACAGAUUUACAUUUUUCAGGAAUAUCGCGACCGGAAAUAUCGGACUGGUUCUCAACUUAUCCAGCCAACUAUGAGCCAAUGCCAGUGAAUAACGUAUCGGUGAAAAUAGAAGCUGACAGGCAAAAGAUAGGCAAACUGCACACCAAAGUUGCUUUUGAACCGGCUAUGGAUCGAAGUUGCAAUUACGAAGUACGAAUUUGGGAUGGAGAACACUAUUUCCACCGUUUUAUCAUUGAUACGAUAUCGAAUUUUCGGAUUAAAUUGGAAAUGGAUAAAAGUACCAAUUUAACUAUUAAAUCGGUUAACAAAGAAAACGGUAAAGCAAGCCCUGAGUUCUCGAUGACGUUGUGUACCCUUUCGUGCGCAGAAUAUUAUAACUAUAAUUUAAGCGUGUGCCCCCCAGAUUCAGUGGAGGGGUUAGAAGUUCAACAUGUCUACCAUUACCCCGACAUGUACGAUAUGUGGAUUCGUUGGAACGAGACUGCGUUUAAACCGGAUAAUUACUCGAUUGAGAUCGAUCUCAACCGAAACGGCAGUGAUCCUUUGGUCAAAACUGUACCGGGUAAUACAACCGAGAUUUUUUUGGAAAAUUUGACAUUAAAUAACGAAUACACGGUGAUCAUUGUCGCUGAGUCUUUGGGCGGAGAAAGUGCACCGGUGAAUAUUGUUCGAACUGUGGAGCCUCGACACGCACCCGUGAAAAAAUUCUAUCGCGAACUUGUUAUCGGGAUAAUGAUACCAAUUACAUUCUUCGCCAUUAUUGGGAUAACGUUCUUUCAAUAUUAUCAACAGAAGAUUAAAAAUAAGAAAUUGUCGGCGGAGUUGUCUAUCGAGAACGUUAAUCUGAAGGAUAUGUCGAUAGAAACAAUUAAGAAACUGUUGUAUCAACAUUCUGAUUCCGAGGCCAAUACGCCAUUAAUGAACGAUAAAUUCAAUUUGUGCCCGAAAAUUUUGAAAGUAAAGGAUAUACUUGGAAGCGGAGCUUAUGGCGUCGUCAGAUUAGGUUCUUUGCAGGAUCAGUUUAACAACACCACCAGUGUGGCGGUUAAAAUGUUGAAAGAAAAUCCAAGUGUGGAAGAUUUAAAAAAUUUCUGUCAAGAAAUAAUGAUUAUGAAAGCUGCUGGUCAACACCCAAACAUAGUGUCUCUGAUCGGUUGUUGCAUAUUGGAUAAUAAACCAGUGUUGGUGGUGGAAUAUUGUUGUAAAGGGGAUUUACAGUUGUAUUUGAGGACGAUUUGGCAAAAUAUGGUGAGCGUUGCGUUCAAACAUAAAGCACAAUUCAAACUUGAUGAGGAUUUGUUGUCUAUCAAUGGCAUAAAAUACGAUCCAAACACUUGUGGUGGAAAAAAUCACAAUUAUCAAAACGUUCAGACGAUUACAAAUCAUUUAUACGACAUUCAGCAAGAUUUAGCGCAGUAUACAGAAACAGUUACAGCAAACGACUUACUGAAUUUUGCGAGGCAGAUUGCCACAGGAAUGGAAUUUUUGGCGUUGAAUCGAAUAGUACAUCGUGAUUUAGCUGCAAGGAACAUACUAGUCUGCGAAGACAAGGUGGUAAAAAUUUCAGAUUUUGGCUUAAGCCGUGACGUUUAUCAAGAGAAUUUGUACAGAAAACAGGGAAGCGGUAAAUUGCCUGUGAAAUGGAUGGCGAUCGAAUCUUUAACCCAUCAGAUUUACACUACUCACAGCGACGUAUGGUCUUUCGGUAUUUUGUUAUGGGAAAUUGUAACCAUAGGUGCUCUUCCGUACCCCGGUAUUCCAACGAACGUCAUCCUGAAGCUUUUAAAGUCUGGCUACAGACUGGAACGACCUACAAGCUGCAGCGUAGAGUUGUACAACAUCAUGUCCUCCUGCUGGAACGUGAGGCCCCAGAGUAGACCUACGUUCACUGAAUUAAAAGAAAGCUUAGACAAACUGCUUUCGCAUUACUCUGAGAACAAAUACUUGAACAUUGACGAAAUUUUGUACGAUGGUCAAGAACAAUAUCACGUGGUAGACGAUCACUUAUAAUAUGUAAAAAAAAAAGUAGACCGUUUCUAAUUGUACCAUGUGCAAAAUCAUUUAUUUUCUAGUUAUACGUACAAUAAUCUGUGGCAUAAUUUCUUCAUAUACAUACAUAUAUUUAUAGAUACAUCUAUAAAUAUAAAUAUAUAUAUAUAUGUAUAUAUGUCUGUAUGUACAAUAUCUUACUCUCAAUCUUAAGAACUCAGGCGCAGAUACAUACAUAAAAAUAACUAAGGCUCCGCCAUAUUUGUUCGUACAAUUAUUCGACCGUCAAUAACAAUAUUACACACAGCACACUGUAACCAUGCCAGACAUUUUCAUUUUGCUCGUUUUAUCAUUUCAAUUAUUACAAUCGUUUCUUCGUUCGAUUUAAUUAAACUAGAAAAUCGUUCUGUCAAAAAGAAUGAUCGAUCGACGAAUCGAGCGUACAAGAAAAGGGAACCUAUGAAGUAAACAGAAGUGAUCUAACAGGAACUCGGUUGUCCGUCUUUACUAUAAUUGCAAAUAGAUAAGUAUUCUUUUUGCGAUGUGUCUAACAGCGACGUACGUGUACGUACAUACGUUCCUGUUACACAGAGGAACUGUUAAUCUUUCUUUUCUUUUCUUGACGCCAUUGGCGUAACUAGCUUUCUUCUGAUGUGAUCUUUAUUGAAAAUAUUAAAUAUCUAAUUUAAUUCUAGCAGUUUACAGCUUUAAGUUUUAAUUCGUAAUUGUAUAUUUCUAUUGACAUAAGAUGAUAAAUGAUUUGGAUCACUUGUAAUUUGCAUUUUGAGAGGACCUGCCAUUUUAUCUAGUUACGCCAAUGCUUGACGCUCAACUAGUCGAUUCAGAGUAGCAAAAGUGUAUUACAACUGUAAUGGAUGGCAAGAAGAACGAUGAGUGUUUUUCUCUUGUAUUCCUAAGGUCUACGAAUGUCCGAUCUCACUGAAAUAUCAUUAGAAUACUAGAAAUUGAUAUGAAAAAGAGGAUCCCCUUACGGAAACGAUGCGAUAGAUCCUCGUUUAGUAUCACCGAGAAAUUUUAGCGCUUUUAUCGGUUUUAAGCGUAGAAAGAAAAGAAACGAUAACAUAUUACAAUUGUAUUAUAUAUUAUACUAUGUACGCAUAUAACAUUUGAAGAAAAGUGUCAGAAGUCAUAGGACAUUUUAGUACAAUAUAGUUUCCUUAAAAUCAUCUACUAUAAACAUAGUGACAUUUUAAAUAAAAAAUUAUUGUACUUAUUUUCAAACUUGUGAAACAGAAAUUUUAUUCAUUAUUUUAGUACGGUUUUAAAUAAAUUAUUGCACACAUUUAUUGCUAUACACAUAGCUAAUAGUACGAUCUAAUUAAAGUCCGUUUCCAUUUAAAUAUUUCAAGCUUUUUAAUUUCUUUAUGGAAUUUAAUUAGUGUCCUAUGACUUUCGAAAGGAAGUAUACUGUCGGAAUUUUAGACUUCCUUAGGGGAAAAUAAUGACAUAAAAGUACAGCAAAUCAUCAAGUAUAGUUUUAAAUGACAAUGAAAAAAAAAUCUUAAUUUAAAAAAUUCCAAUUUUAAAUUUUCAAAUUCUUGAAUUCUUCAAUUUUUUAAUUUCCAAGCAUUUAAAUUAUUAUAGUUCUUUAGUAUUAUAGUGAAUGGUGUCUGAUUUCCUUAUAUCGAUAUUUCCCCUAGGGAAGCCUAUCUCCAUAUAUCGUACAUUAUAUUAAAAUAAUGUGUACAAAAUUGAGUUAAAUCUGUGUCAGCUGUUUUGUAAGACUGUAUUCGCUUAAGAAAUAUUCGAUAAUAAUUUUUUUUUAACAGAUAUACAUAAAGAGAAAAGUCAUUGAGAAAAAAAAUCGAUACGGAACAACCAUAGAAAAUAUACAAAUAGUAAUAAAGAAACCAUACAUUAUUUUUUACCCGUUGUAAAUCGCAAAAUGGUUUGGAUUCUGUUGUGAAUUUAUCAAUGUUUUGCGUGAGAUGUGAAAGCAUUUUUUCAUAUCGAAAAAUGCGUUCAGUUCAUGAAGAUAUAUUACCGACAUACAUUAUAUUACUUUAAAUCAUUUAUGUAAUGGUUUUGAAUUAAACAAUAAAACUUUAUCAAUA